AAAAGAAAAAGGUAAGAAAAAAAACAAUGGCUCUCAAGCUCAAUCCUUUCCUUUCUCAAACCCAAAAGUUACCUUCUUUCGCUCUUCCACCAAUGGCCAGUACCAGAUCUCCUAAGUUCUACAUGGCCUCUACCCUCAAGUCUGGUUCUAAGGAAGUUGAGAAUCUCAAGAAGCCUUUCAUGCCUCCUCGGGAGGUACAUGUUCAGGUUACCCAUUCUAUGCCACCCCAAAAGAUUGAGAUCUUUAAAUCCCUAGACAAUUGGGCUGAGGAGAACAUUCUGGUUCAUCUGAAGCCAGUUGAGAAAUGUUGGCAACCGCAGGAUUUUUUGCCAGAUCCCGCCUCUGAUGGAUUUGAUGAGCAAGUCAGGGAACUCAGGGAGAGAGCAAAGGAGAUUCCUGAUGAUUAUUUUGUUGUUUUGGUUGGAGACAUGAUAACGGAAGAAGCCCUUCCCACUUAUCAAACAAUGCUGAAUACCUUGGAUGGAGUUCGGGAUGAAACAGGUGCAAGUCCUACUUCUUGGGCAAUUUGGACAAGGGCAUGGACUGCGGAAGAGAAUAGACAUGGUGACCUCCUCAAUAAGUAUCUCUACCUAUCUGGACGAGUGGACAUGAGGCAAAUUGAGAAGACAAUUCAAUAUUUGAUUGGUUCAGGAAUGGAUCCACGGACAGAAAACAGUCCAUACCUUGGGUUCAUCUAUACAUCAUUCCAGGAAAGGGCAACCUUCAUUUCUCAUGGGAACACUGCCCGACAAGCCAAAGAGCAUGGAGACAUAAAGUUGGCUCAAAUAUGUGGUACAAUUGCUGCAGAUGAGAAGCGCCAUGAGACAGCCUACACAAAGAUAGUGGAAAAACUCUUUGAGAUUGAUCCUGAUGGAACUGUUUUGGCUUUUGCUGAUAUGAUGAGAAAGAAAAUUUCUAUGCCUGCACACUUGAUGUAUGAUGGCCGAGAUGAUAAUCUUUUUGACCACUUUUCAGCUGUUGCGCAGCGUCUUGGAGUCUACACAGCAAAGGAUUAUGCAGAUAUAUUGGAGUUCUUGGUGGGCAGAUGGAAGGUGGAUAAACUAACGGGCCUUUCAGCUGAGGGACAAAAGGCUCAGGACUAUGUUUGUCGGUUACCUCCAAGAAUUAGAAGGCUGGAAGAGAGAGCUCAAGGAAGGGCAAAGGAAGCACCCACCAUGCCUUUCAGCUGGAUUUUCGAUAGGCAAGUGAAGCUGUAGGUGGCUAAAGUGCAGGACGAAACCGAAAUGGUUAGUUUCACUCUUUUUCAUGCCCAUCCCUGCAGAAUCAGAAGUAGAGGUAGAAUUUUGUAGUUGCUUUUUUAUUACAAGUCCAGUUUAGUUUAAGGUCUGUGGAAGGGAGUUAGUUGAGGAGUGAAUUUAGUAAGUUGUAGAUACAGUUGUUUCUUGUGUUGUCAUGAGUAUGCUGAUAGAGAGCAGCUGUAGUUUUGUUGUUGUGUUCUUUUAUAUGGUCUCUUGUAUGAGUUUCUUUUCUUUCCUUUUCUUCUUUCCUUUCCUCUCUCUCUCUCUCUCUCUCUCUCUCUUUUUCUCUUAUCCCAAGUGUCUCAAGUAUAAUAAGCAAACGAUCCAUGUGGCAAUUUUGAUGAUGGUGAUCAGUCUCACAACUUGAUCUUUUGUCUUCUAUUGGAAACACAGCCUGCUUGUUUG